AUGGAAGCAGUGAAGGACAUCACGGAGACGGCGGCCGUGGACCUGGGGGACCUACUGGACGCCGGGGACGACGCCGUGGUGAUACUCGAGGCAGGUGACACGCGGCUGUUGGCGCACAGGGCCGUCCUGGCGGACAGGAGCCCUGUGUUCGCCGCCAUGUUCGCCCACGACACCCUCGAGGCCAGCAGCGGCGCGGUGAGCAUCCCGGACGUGGGGGGACCGGUGCUGAGGCAGCUGGUCUCCUACCUGUACACCCUGCGGGCCCCCCAGCUGCCCGGCACGGCCCCCCAGCUGCUGGCUGCAGCGGAUAAAUACGGGGUGUCGCGGCUGAAGGAGGAGUGCGAGCGGCAGGUGGCCGCUCAGCUGACCGUUGAGACCGCGGCGGCCGCAGCCGUCCUCGCAGUCCGCCACUCCUGCAGUGACCUCAAGCACGCUGCACUGGCGUUCAUUAAGACCUGUCCGUUCGAGGUGAUGGCCACUCAGGGGUGGGCAGAUGCGAUGCUUCAUCAACCAAAAGACUUGAUCGAAGUGAGCCGGUUGCUGUAUGAUCCACCACCAAAAAGCAGCACACCAGCCGUCACCGCCACUACCGCCACUGCCAUCACCGCCACUAUCGCCACCACCACCACCACCACCACUGCCAACGCAUCCCGCCAGAUACCUGCUGCAGCUGCACUUCCCACAUCUCCUCCACCUGGAGAAGCCACUGUCUCUCACAUGCGGAGCCUCUCAGAAGAGGAGAGGGGCUGGAGGCUGGUCCAGGCGGCUGAGCGGGGGGCAGUGGGGCAGCUGAGGGCGCUGAUCGCCGCAGGGGCCGACGUGGGGGCGAGGGCCAACGGCCACGCAGAAGUGGUGGCUGCGCUGCUCGACGCGGGGGCCGACAGGGGGGCCACAACUGGUGAUGGGGAGACAGCGCUGGACAUCGCCAGGCAGUUCAACCACAGGCGGCUGGUGGAGAUGCUGUCAUGA